AUGAAGCUCCUUCUCUACGCCGCGGCCGCGCUGGGCACGCUCGCCUCCGCCGCGCCGACGUCCCUCACCGCCCGAGCCACCAACAGCGCGUCCUGCACGUACGACCGGAACACGCGCAACAUGUUCAAGUUCUGGGUGACAACCUGGGGAGACUGGGACAACGAUUGGGGUCAGGGGUAUCUGGACAACCUGCGCGGGCAAUGCGGAUCGAUCACCGACUGGCAGUUCAGCUAUUCUGGCAGCAAUGGCUUGGCUACGUUCACUACUUCAGCGUUCAUCGUUGCGAAUUGUGUUGAGGACGCGCUGUGGUUGGCGAGUAAUCACACUGGUGCUAUUUGGGACGUGCAUUGUGCGCUUGCGUAG